AAAAGCAAUUGGAUCCGACAUUGUACAUUCUGCCAUCUGUGGCUGAGAGAACAGAGCCCUGGCAGAGGUGACCAAGAAGCACCAUACAGUAAUAUCUCUUUUGCUGUGUUGUAGAGGAUCGGCCUCAAAUCAGGAAUGGAAAGCUUGGAUGCCAAGUCUAUCAAGCGCCCCAAAUUGGUGGAAUUUAAGGGAAUCCCAAUGCUCAGCGAAAUGGUAGAGAAUUGGAAUCUAAUAAGUGGCUUUCAAGCUCGGCCUGAUGACCUUCUUCUCUGCACUUAUCCCAAAGCAGGGACCACUUGGUUACAGGAAAUCGUGGACAUGGUCCAGCAUAGAGGAGAUGCACAGAAAUGUGCCCGGGCACCCAUUUAUCAGCGGAGCCCCUACAUAGAAAUUUUCCCUCCAAAACCCAUCCCUUCAGGCUUGGAAUUGGCAGAGGCAAUGCCUUCCCCACGCACCCUCAAAUCUCAUCUCCCAGUUCAUCUCUUGCCAACUUCCUUCUUGGAACAAAAUUGCAAGAUCAUUUAUGUGGCCAGAAAUGCCAAGGACAAUGCUGUUUCCUACUUCCAUUUCCAGCGCAUGAAUAAAAUUAUUCCAGAUCCAGGAACAUGGGAAGACUUUCUGGAGAAUUUCAUUGCUGGGAAAGUUACUUAUGGCUCAUGGUUUGACCAUGUUCGUGGUUGGUGGGAGGCUAAAGACCAUCAUUCAAUUUUGUAUCUCUUUUAUGAAGAUAUAAAAGAGGUAAGCAUCUCUCAUGCAUUUACAUGGACAGACGUACUCAGGUUAUAUUUUCCACUAAAGAGAACCUUACGUCUUCUUACUACUAAUGUUCACCAAAUAAGGUUCACAUUUUUUCUACUACUAUUUCUAGUAGUAACAUUUAGCCUUCCUUAUCUCUAGAAAUGAACUGGACUACAAUGGCUGUCAUCUACAUCAGCAGGGAUUUUGGUUAUAUUUCCUGGAAUGAUGGAUCUUGUAACAUAGCUUUAGGGACAGCUGCUCUGAACAAGAUAUCAGUGCUAUGAAUUUCUGACAGCUAAUGCUCCAAUAGGCCAAAAAAAUAAAUUAAGUGUAUUUCCUUUUAUAACAGCCUUCAUGUCAUAACCAGCCAGAAAGAACCAUCCUUAUUGUUAGGGGACAUACGGUUACAUACCACCAUCCUCACCAACCUAAUUAUUUUUACAUAU